GCUCGCGACCGGAGAUCAGCGCCCGCUCCGUUGCCGUGGUUGCAGGCCGUCCCUCCAGCUAGCCCGCUGACAGCGAGGCUUAGGGCGGAGGGAAGUGGGUCGGUUGGUCCGUCCGGAACGAGGCUCCAGCGGCCGGGCCGGCGCGGAACUGUUGCCAUGGCAGCCGCCGCCGGGGGCGCGGACAACGAGCCGCGAUCUGGACGCUCGAGCUCUGAUGGAGAGUGCGCGGUGGCGCCGGAGCCGCUGACGGGCCCCGAGGGCCUCUUCUCCUUCGCAGACUUCGGGUCUGCGCUUGACUGCAGCGCGAGCCUCCCGGGACGGGGGUCCAGCGGGGCCCAGUCCCCGUUACGCUACCUCCACGUCCUGUGGCAGAAGGACUCGGAGCCCCGCGAUGAGCUGCUCUGUAAGAUCCCCGCCGGCCGAUUGAGGCGCGCUGCCAGGCCCCACCGCCGAUUCGGGCCCAUGGGCAAGGAGGUGCACGCUCUGAAGAGGCUGAGGGACUCGGCCAAUGCCAAUGACGUGGAAACAGUGCAGCAGCUGCUGGAAGACGGCGCGGAUCCCUGUGCAGCAGAUGACAAGGGCCGCACGGCUCUGCACUUUGCCUCCUGCAACGGCAACGACCAGAUUGUGCAGCUGCUGCUGGACCACGGCGCCGACCCCAACCAGCGAGACGGGCUGGGGAACACGCCGCUGCACCUGGCGGCCUGCACCAACCACGUCCCCGUCAUCACCACGCUGCUGCGAGGAGGGGCCCGUGUAGACGCCCUGGACCGGGCUGGCCGCACGCCCCUGCACCUGGCCAAGUCGAAGCUGAACAUCCUGCAGGAAGGCCACUCCCAGUGCCUGGAGGCCGUGCGGCUGGAGGUGAAGCAGAUCAUCCAGAUGCUGCGGGAGUACCUGGAGCGCCUGGGGCGGCACGAGCAGCGGGAGCGGCUGGACGACCUGUGCACCCGCCUCCAGAUGACGAGCACCAGGGAGCAGGUGGAUGAGGUGACAGACCUCCUGGCCAGCUUCACCUCCCUCAGCUUGCAGAUGCAGGACAUGGAGAGGAGGUAGCAGCAGGGGCUCCCUGCCUCCCCGGCCUGCCCCUGCCCGCCCCGCCCACCUGCUCUCUGGUUACCAAGACGCCUGAGGCCUGGGACUUCGGGGCGGCACUCGCUGGGAGGCCUUGGCCUCACCCCCAGACGCUGUGGGCCGGGGAUGCUCUCUCACCGACCUCAGAGCCUCUUCCGGUCACCAUCCUUCUCGUGUCGUGGGCCAGGACCAUGCCCCCCGGCUUCUCCCUCUGACCCCUGCAGCACGGCGGCCACGCCUCCCCCCGGUGACGUGUGCCAUCCUCGCAGGGCCUGCUCGUCUCGUGGUCUCCCUGGCACCCUCAGCAGGCUCGGGACCCCUCUCGGGGGCCCCCUCCCGGGCGUGGGCUUGUCGCAGCCAGCAGGCGCCCCCGGGCCUGGGCGCCUCGCACCAGCACUUCGAGCCAGACUUGGCUGCUGCCUCCCCGGGAGGCACCGCAGCGGGUUUCUCUGGUGGGAAGGGGCGGCUGGUGCAGCCUGGACCUUAGGAAUACACGGUCAGGGGGACCCUGCACAGCCCGAAGCAGAAGACCCCCAACUCUUCCCCCUCCCAGUCACUGAAGCGCCAGGAGGGCACAGCGAUCCUGCAGCCUAGCGUAGUGGGGUGAACGGUGCGCCCCAAGACAGCCACGUGCUAAUCCCAGAAUCCAUGAACGUGACCUCGUGUGGCACAAAGGGACCUUGCGCGCAUGUCAGGAGGAUCUUUGGACAAGGCAGUUACCCCGGAUUAUCCCGUGGGCGAUGAGAUCCCAGAGACCCUUCCGGGAGGGAAGCCACAGUGACAGAGCAGGGAGUGGGGGCUGAGGAAGGGUCGCCGGCUGAGGAGUGCAGGCGACCCCGGGACCUGGAAAAGGGCGGGACACGGUUCUCCCUCAGAGCUUCCCGGCGGAGCCAGCCCCGCCGACACCGGAUUAGCCCAGUCAGACCGAUGUUAGAGGUCUGACCGUCCGAACUGUAAGAAUAAAUUUGUGUUGUUUUAAGCCACUAA